ACACACCCCGCGCUCCUUUUGCUUGCUGCCCCACCAUCCUCUCUAAAAGUUCUAUAAUCUCAAACUUCCACACCUGCUACAUCAAAAGACCCAAGUAAAACAAUCAUAUAUUUAUAAAUCGUUUAACUACAGGUCUUAUACAUCUCCUUACAUCCAUCCACAAUGCCGCCCUCUGCCUCUUUUCCAGCACCUACUGCCGACAACAUCCCGGCAAAGAACCGAACAGCCUAUCUAAAAGCAACAUACACCAACUCGAACUCCUCCGACCCUUCGAUAUCGUCAGCCGAAGCCUUUGCGCUUUCGACACCCCUCUCCCUCCCCGAAUCUAACGUCACAACACACAAAAUAUCAUACCUACGCACCCUGCGUGAAGCAGUGUCCUCUCUACAAGGUGACGUGAACAGCGAGCUGACAGCGCGCAUGGAAAAAGAGGCUCACGAAGCGGCUGUCGUUGGGGAUGGCAAAAGGGGUGGGAAGAGCAUUACGGCUGCUGGCGUCGACGAGGCGGUCGAGGAGGAGAAUUAUGGGGAGGAGGUAGUGGAAGAUGAUGAGGAAUGAUAACUGGAUGCUCGACGUGGAUAUUUGCUCGAGGCUACUCUUCUAUGCUUCUCUAAAUCAACAACGCAGCAAGAAAACGUUAUCAAUUUAACUGUGGUCUAGACGCGAGGGGUAUUGCCUACUUAAUCGCCGCUGCUCUCCAGAAGUAUGCAACGAUACCCGUUGGAAUG